AUGUGCGUAAAUAUACGCAUGUUCACAUAUGCUAAUGUACGCAAAAUUGUACGCAAAACUAUGCGCCUUUUUUUUCCCCCCUUUUUAAGCGUGUCACAGUACAGCUACGAUGCGGAAGAAAAGCUGAACAUUCUGGAGGGACUUGUAAACGAAUUUGUCGAAAACAGCAAAGGCGUCAUCUUCAACUCCCCCGAAGAAAAAAAAAAAAUGGAAAAACACAAGUUUAAAAAAAUGUGCGAUAUAAUCCUGGAGAAGGUAAAAACAGUGGUGGAACUGAGCACUAUUAACAACUAUCGAAUAAUUUUAAAAUUCGGGAAAGGCGAAAGAAAAAGCGAAGUGAUAGACAAAGUAAAAAAUGAUGACAACAUAUCUGAUGAGCUAAAAAGCGAGCUGUUAAAAUAUGAAGAUGUCGAAAGUAAAGAUGCAAAUGUUUCCGGCCUCAUCAAUUUUAUAUCCCCCAUUUAUGACAGCUUUGAACAAAAGUUAAAUGCUUUAAUACGAGAAGUUUCCGCCGAUUUGGGGAAAAUAAUAUAG